CUCUCUUUUUUGCCAAAGUAGCACAUUUGCGUCGUUGCCUAUUAUGAUGACUGGGUUGGGCAUCGACUUCGGACCGCCAGAGGAGCAGGUACAGCGUCCCGUUCAACACAGACCCGCACUUCCUCAGAUGAAUUCUGCUCCAUCUGCGCCAACUUCGUCAAGGAAGCCUGUUCCCCUGCCCCAUAACCUCCCCAAGCGUCACACAGCUACGGGCUCACAAGGUCAGAGCUCGAAUGCCCAGCUCCCGACACCUCGAAGGAGAGUGAGGAUCGCUAGUGGACAACCUGGCGUCAUGGGGCUAGGUAUCACCCAAGCUCCGGAACAUCUUGAGGAGGACGGACACUACGAUUUCAGCUCUCCAGAAGCAGGCUACACAGGCCGUUCUAGCUUCUCCGGCGCCACUGCUCGUUCAUCAACAGGUACUUACUACAACGGCUACGAUUCGAGCGUCCCCUCGCCGCCCUCGGACUACGGCGCUUCGCCCUCCUCAGAGACGUCCCCUGCUGAUCUGUACCCAACAGCAGCACAAAGAUCUCGCAUGCUUCGUAAGCGGGCUUCUCAGCCGGCUUUGGGCUACAACGAAGCCGAGUCGCCUGUACAUACCAUGUCAAAGAGUGUCAGCACCCAUGACCUUGGAACCGCUGCAGCUGCUGUGACUACCAGACCUGGAAAGGCUGUCGAGCCCCUCUCGCAUAGGAAGACGCAAAGUGUGGGAGCUAACACUUUCGCCAAGCAAAAGGCACCCAGUGCUCUUGCCGCCUCCAUCUCUGCUCCUUCUUCCCCUCGUCAAUCCGAUAAGAAAGCCCAAUCGGCAGGCUCUGCUUCGCCUUCGAAGAUUAAGUUGGCCCUUCUAGAGCCGGAAGCGCCAUUGACACCUCGAGAGGAUGGCAUGGUGUCGGACGGCUUUGGCGGUUACAAGCGACCUGAUGCACCCAGCGGUGGCAGUAGCUCCUCAUCUACGGAGACUGUCACUUCGCCAGAAGCUGAGAAUGAUGCGUCGCAGCAGCUGCGGGACGAGCCAAGCCCUUCUGACGUGUCUCAGAUGCCAGCUUCUCAGUCACGCAGAGCAUUACCUCAAGUGCCCACUACUGCGCCGCUGCAGUUCCGACCUCGAGGCGAGAGGACCAAGACGGAACCACCGACGGUCGUACAGGCCAUCGCUGCGGAGAGACGUUCAAUCCCCUCGGCGAGGAGUCAAAGCUUUGAUGGGCACAUGCACCAGUCUGCGCAGCAAGCAGACGUUGCCGAGGCGAGACCGGCUCUCUACGACACGAGAAGCUCCUUCUGCGUGGGGGAAAUCAUCUCGCCCAGUAACGUUUACGUGAAUGGAGCUGUAGAGGACUGGCAGCCCGAGGAGCAGGCGGAGGAGUCUUUCGGUCAGACAGACUACGGUCACUUCGAUCCUCGCUUUGUCCAGCAACCGUACGAGUCGUUCGAUGCUGUCGAGACACGGCCCGCUCGACAAGCCAGAACUUAUUCUGAGACACCGGCGGCAAGCUUAGAUCCGCAAGUGGAGAGCUACAGUGACGUCGAUCCUGUGAUGGCAGAUCGAGGCACGAAUGUUCAGUUCAUCGCUUCCUCUUCUGAGGCGAUGCCCAUGCCGAGCAAUGCGCCGAGGAAGCCGCUUCCUUCGCCAACGUCGGACUUGGACUCUCGCGCUGCUUCUCCCAUCAAGGGCUCCCAUCUGAUGGGCGCCAUUCAGGCUGCACCCGAAGCGAGCUCUCCAGAGCAGAAGAAGUCUCGAGUAGACAUUGACCUGCUUUUGGAAAGCGAAUUGGUAGUCGAGGGAGGAAAUCUUCGUGGUCGGCUGAUGGUCAAUAUCGGCAAGGACAAGAAGGGCAGGGGCGAGCUGCUCCUUGCUUAUCCGAAAGUGCGAGUCGUGGGCUUCGAAGAGCUCCUCGAUGACGAGACUCGGCACAUCUUCUACCACCAUUCGACGAUCGUGGAUGGUGAUACCCAGCCUGGCGGUUCUCAACCUUACGUACUACACGGAUCACCAUGUCUUUCCUCUCCCGGGUUUGAAGGUCAUGAGCCACUGCCUUGCUUUGCUUCUCAGCCGGACGAAGAGGGCUACUCGGUCGGACGUGAAGGCUCGCACUCGAUCCCCUUCUCCCUCGAGAUGCCCAUUGGCAAAGGUGCCAAGGGUAGCUAUCGUGGCAAGAAGGCUCUCGUCCGCUACAUCGUCAUCGGGUCUGUCAAGCUCAAGAGUUCUGACGGGAGCAACAGGUCCAUUGCUCACUUCUACCGACAUGUGGAUCUACUCCCGUACAUAAACCCUGCUGUCGUUCUGGCAAGUGCCCCUCGGCCCAUCCAAGCCACGACCGAGAGAAACAGGAUUAGUCUGACUGCAUCGUUGCAUCGACCGACAUGGGUGGCAGGUCAACGUGUGUAUGUGAACGUUGCUGUUCGCAACGACACAUCAAGGCGUAUCAAGAAUGUGACCCUGUCGCUUGUCCGCACAGUCACUAUCUACCAGCCAAGGCCAGAGCUUCGGGCCCAUGGCUCGACAACAGAAGGCUUUGACCCAGAGGCCUGCGAGGCAAUAGUAUCUCGCAAGAGGGUGGCAGAGGAGGUCUUGGGAGUGGCUCAAGACGCUUCCCCGGAUGGAAGCGCAUCUCAGAGCUGGUGGACUGGUGUACAGCCAAACAGUCACCUGGAAUUCGCUCAUCACCUCAACAUUCCGGUCGAGGCGCUGAGCAUCGCGCGCAGUCGUCACGUCGAGAUCUCAUACGAGGCCAGGGUCUCUGUCGGAAGCUCUUCUCACGCUGAUGUCAUCAUCGACUUGCCCCUACGAGUUGUCAACUUCACUUCGCUUGACCCGCCACCUCUCAAGAGCAUCAGCGGGAAGAGCCUGAGCAGUAUCAGCGUUGCACGAAGCUGGUUCGCUUCCUCGCCUCUCAGCAACCGUGGCGCCAUGUCACCCGACGAGGCGCCCAUGAUUCAAAAGGUGAGGGCAGCAGAAGCUCUACGCAGCCCGGGUCAAGUGCAGAUCGGCCAAGGGCAACCUCACUUGCCGUCUGGUCCACCUAAUCGCCUUCUAGCCCUCUCACAGCGAGCAGCCGAGCGCAAUGGGCACCUGCAGCCCAACGGUCACCUUCAGGCUCCUGAAGCCAGUGGAGGUCGUAGCAUCCAGCAUCAGAAGUCACUCGACUUUAUCAAUCACGCGAUCAAGAGCGCUACUGCUCGAAAGAAUAGCUCACAGCAGACCAGCACCGAGAAUCUGCCCCUUGGUCUGGGCAUCGACAUUGAUGCUGCCAACAGCCUGCAGCGUGACCUCGACGAGGACCGGACACCCACAAGUACCACAAGUUCGACCUUCACCACUUCCCAGGCAAGCUUCGCAACUGCCAAUUCUCGACGCCGCUCGAGCGGUCAUCGCCACUAUGAGAACAUCGAUGUUCCUGCCCCUAGCUUCGGCUUCCCUUUCCUGCAGCUGCCAGUCGUAUCGGUAGACGAUGGUGAUGCAUUUGACUCUGAUGACGAAGGAGAGGAUGCUGGCAACCGUACCUUGGGCCUCAAUCAGGACUCGGUGGACGAGGUCGACAUGGUUGUCGAGUCUACGCAUCGCAGAGAUCAGAGCGAACGAUUCAAUGCGGACGAAGAAGAGAGUUUCGACCCCGACGUCAGCGUCGAGACCGUUAGAGAUGGCGAUGAUAGCCAGGAUGCUGUGGUCGGGUACACCGGCCGGAAUGAAACAGUGUCGCAGCACGGAUGUCCCGCUAUCAAGGUGGAGUCUCCAGAGAGAUCGAUCCUCGGGCAGGAUCGAGGCCAGGCGGUUGGUCGUAGGGUACUUCACCCCACACUUGCAACUCUACCCUUGACCACUUCAUCUGCAGUCGCCACGCUCAAGAAGUCCUCGGGCAACUUGCGAGCACGAGUAGCUGUUACGCCUGCUGAGAAGCGGGCGGCAGUAGUAGUCGAGCCUGCCGCUGCCGCCUCUUCUCCAACAGCCAAGGUCCUCCCUCUCAGUCGUGACCAUACCUCACCGACUAAAGCAGCUCUCAAGACAAAGUCGAGCUUCACUUUUGCCACCUCGGACGCUCCUCUGAGACAGAACAAGGGUCCUCGACCCAUCUCGGCUUCCCUCAAAGAUGCGCCUCGCGCGAAAGCCGCCGCUGCUCAAUUCGCGGACGCCGUAUCCGAAGAGUCUCCCAGAGAUGCAAGGACGGUGAAGAGUCCCACCAAAGCACGACCUACGUCCAAGCAGCCUCCGCUCGUGAAUGUGCCAGCUCCAGUUGCUGCACCCACGGUCAAGACGUCCUCGCGCCUGUCGCCACGCAAGAGCGUCGCUGUAAGCAGGGAGCUCAGCUCCUCCUCCGAAUCCGACUCGGCUCAGGAGGCCCUCACUCCCGAGGCGCUACACGCUGAGGCGGAUAUGGGCGCAGCCGAUGACUACUUUACUAUUUCCAAACAAUCACACACUCAGAAGAGUGUCGCCUCUGCUGCUCUGCUCGCUCAGUGUACCCCACCUAGGGUACGAAGAGAAGCCACUGCCGAGCCAGCGAUCGCCACUCGAGUUUCUCCCGCUACACCGACCCGAACAAUGCGUCACUCGGCGAGCGUUGCCUCUUUCACGCUGGAGAAGGAGAGACUGACUCGUGGCCACUCUUCACAAAAUCUUCGCGCAGCAGCAGCUGCAGCUGCUGGAGGAGCAGGGACUGCCGUCGUCCCCUCAGUGCGAAAUAAGAUUGCCCAGCUGGAGAGUCGUCAGCAGGCGCUGCGGCAAUUCAUCAAGCCAGCUAGUGCAGACAGUACCCCGGUCAAAGGCGAGAGCGGCACUGGCAGUGCUGCCCUUGCACCUAGGAGGGGCUCGGCACUCCUUGUCCCCGCCAGCGAAUCGAGGUUGACCGCCAGGAGUAGAGGGAGCAACUCUUCCCUCCGUGCUUCCUUUAGCGCUGCCACUGGACUGUCUGCCUCCUCGCCCUCCUCAUCGCCUACUGCCCACGCCACUAGUGCUGGUAGUAGCGGUAGACUGAUCAAGAGGGUCAGCGCUCUUUCGCUUCUCCAGUCCUCUGAAGCUGACCUGGAUCUAGCCCAGGACAAUGACGAUGAGGACGACGAGAUUGGAGGACAGUGGCUAGGCAGGAGAGGUUCAAUGGACUCGCUCGCGAGCUUCAAGGCGCCUAUGCUCCGCGGUCUAGGCGCUUGA